AUUUUUUUUAACACCAUCGCCUUUAUGCUGUCUCCAUCUAUCAUAUCUCUCUCUCUUUCUCUCUACUGUGUGAACCUCUUUCCAUUUCCAUAAGAGCCCUAAACAAGCUCAAGCUACUUCCACUCACCUUUUACCAUUAGCCCUCUCUCUCUCUCUCUUUCUCUCUAUGUAUAUAUAUAUAUAUAUAUCUUAGUGCUGGACUAGAUAGGUUAGGGACUUAGGAGCCCAGUUGCUACACCCUUUUUAGGGAAAAUUGUUUUUGCCAAACUUGCAGAUAAGAAAGUUAGCAAAAGCCCACCACCUACAUCAUAACCCUUUCAAGGGUUUCUAGAGAUUUGAAAGAAACCUCAAAACAAACAAACAGACUAUGCAGUUGCCCUACUUUAUCACUCUUUUCUCCUUCCCUAUGUACCCUAUCAUCAUAUAGAUAUCGUCCCUGUCAUUCUCCAUAUUCCAUUAAAUUUGAUUCCGUCUCCCUCUUUAAUGGCAUUCCUGAACCUUACCUACCUAAAGUUCUAAUACCUUUGAUGAUCAAAGACUUUUUUUGAGUUAUCUUUCUCAAUUCUUGAGGAGCUAGCUAUCUAUUUUAUUACUCUUAUGGGAUCAUCAAAUCCAUUCUGAAAUCUUUCCGUUAACUUACUAUUUUUGGGAUUUCUUACCCCUCUCUCUCUCUCUCUCUCUCUCUCUCUCUCUCUCUCUCUGUGGAGCAAACACCUUCAAGAUCACCUCAUAAACCUCUCCAAGAACGCUCAAGACCCACUUUCCAUACAUGGACUCCCUUCAAGAAUUUGACUCCACAUCCAUCACACUCCCGCUCACCUCCACAACCACCACCGCCCCCACUGCCUCCUCCUCCUCUUCCCCCACUUCCUCCACGUCCACUCUCAGCCGCUACGAGAACCAAAAGCGGCGAGACUGGAACACCUUCGGCCAAUACCUCCGCAACCACCGACCUCCACUCUCCCUCUCCCGCUGCAGCGGGGCGCACGUACUGGAAUUCUUGCGCUAUCUAGACCAGUUUGGAAAAACCAAAGUCCAUAUCCAACUCUGUCCCUUCUUUGGCCACCCAAACCCCCCUGCCCCAUGCCCUUGUCCUCUGCGCCAGGCUUGGGGUAGCUUGGAUGCUCUCAUUGGCCGCCUCCGUGCCGCCUUUGAAGAACAUGGGGGCAAGCCAGAGAACAACCCUUUCGGGGCUCGUGCUGUUAGGCUUUAUCUACGUGAAGUUAGAGAUUCACAAUCUAAAGCUCGAGGGAUUAGCUACGAGAAAAAGAAGAGAAAGAGACCCCCACAGCAACAGCAACAGCAACAGAGUCCUGCAUUGUUGAUGGCGCUGCCACCAGCACCAGCACCAGCGACCACUAAUACAAGUGAUGAUCAUGAAAUGCAGGAAAGUACUGAAACUUGGGAACCAAGCACAUCGAUCAGGUGAAGUCCCUGUUAACUUUUUGACACACAGAAUAAUGAAAAGCAAAUUAAUACUAAAUAUAUAAAUAAAAUAAAAAUCCAUAAAAACUGAAAUUCACAGUGUAGGGUCAGUUGGAGUUGACACAGAGAGAGAGAGAGAGAGAGAGAGAGAAAGAGAGAGGGGGGGUCCCACGUAGUCGUGCUCAGCUGUCAAUCAUGUCCCCUCCAGUAUGCACAUCAAAAUCCGGGCAAUCGCUUCAUCCCCGCAAAGCUGUCGCCACCUGGCUUCAUCACAGCCGCUGAAGUCAUAGUCUUUUACUUGAUGUGGACCAUACACAGAUGACACAGCACCCCCAUUUGUCAUGUCAAUAUGUGGAUUCCAUCCCAGUGAUUCAGUGGCUCUGUCACACACUCGUCACUGCGCACUGCUACCCUUUCUUUUCUUUUUCUAAGGUUCUAGAAUUCUAAACCAACCCAAGGCCCAAACAAUUUUUUGUUUUGAGACUGAAACUAUGGAUCCCUUAGGCUCAGGUGGAGCCCUAUUAGCAUGUGAUCCAUCUCCAAUUACUGAUGACUGCAAUCUCUGCCCAGUCUUAGUACCCAACGUUACCCCUUACUGGUCAUUACAAUUUUUUUUUCUCCAAAAAGUUUUAUAAGGCCUACAGGCCCAAGUACAAAGGGCAGUAAAGAAAAAACUCAGCACUCAAGCCCAACAACAUAGCAAGUCCAAGACCCAACAGACAAUAGAGAUCCGGCCAUUUGCAGAAGACAGGUAACAGUUGUGUCGUCGCACGCCAAGCCUGUCCAUACUCGAAGACCAAACAGAAGACCUCCGCAUGCAGAAGAAGGCCAUUAGUCACUACAAGAGAGAGAAGGAGAUAAGUUAGCAUUAAAAUGCAAUGAUUAUUAUUACUUUAUUGAAGUUUAACUAAUUGAAAGUGCAUUUCUGCUUAUUCUAUUAAUAUGGAUUUGAAUCACAUUUAAA